AAUCCUUAUAAAAUUUCCGAAUUUGAGAUAGUGGUUUGUAUAAAAAGUACUAUGUAAUGCAAAAACAGACAUAACGCUCCCAAAAUGGCACCCAUCUUCUGGUUUCUAGCAUUAUUAAUACAGGGUUCAUUCAUAUACGCCGACAAAGAUAUAGAUGACCAUGAAAAUGAGAACACGAGCCGGGAAAUUCUCAGUAAAACACCAGAAGAAGGCACCCUUAAAAAUCUCAAAGAUGUAAACAAGGAUUGGUUGGACAUGUUCCUUAUGCCGGGCAGUGGCUUCUCUCCUGCUGCAUCGAAGAUGGCACAAGUGGCUCAAUCGGAUAAGUCUAUAGAAGAACAACUGGAAGAAAUUAAACAACUAGCUACCCAAAUCACUUUUGAAAUCCAAAGCGAAAUGGCUAACCUGCUGUCAUACGCCCUCGCUGGCGUCGAACAGCACGAGAAAGAAGACAACAUACUUAGAAAGAAACGAUCAACUGAAUCACCCAUGGAUAGCACGCAGAUGGUGAUGAGGUUGCUAAAACAUAUCAAAUCUAACAACGAAUACCAAAACAUCGCUAUUGAAAAGAUGAUGACAGCUCAAGAAAUCGCUGACAAAUACGGCAUUGAAUUCAACCCUGACCCAGAAAUAUUAACUGACUUGGCCAUUGCUGCUAAUGAACAGGCUCAAGAGAUGACUUCCAUCCUCAACGACGCUUUGCAGCUGAGCAACAAGACGAAUCAAGUUGAAUUUGUUCCCCUUAAUGAAACUUUGGUAACAAACAACAGUACUGAAAAUGACCAUGAUAACUAUUACAUGUACUCUGUUCAUGUGCCCGCGGAACAGUACGUAGCUCAUCAAAACGCAGUGCCACAUCACGAUUACUAUCCUGACAUGAUUCAGGGGAACCACUACCACCAGGACUUCCUUUUCUAUCCAGAGUCCCAAAUAGUUUCCCCUCCUGUACACCAACACUACAACCAGGUCCCCCAAUCAUCUCCCAUGCCAAACUUCCACGAACCAAUGACAUUCUUUCCAUCCCAAGACUUCUAUCCUCAGUAUCAUACUAUGGAGCCUGUUACUACAACUACGACUAUAGUUCUACCGUUCGAAAACCAUUUUGAGCCGGAACCUGAAUUAGUCAAAGAAGAAUUUGAAGAAACCGUGACGUCCAAAGUGUUUGUCGACCACGAGGAACCAGGAGCGUCGACUGUUAACCAUGUGAUGACCUAUACUAUAUCGGAAAAGUCGCACUUUAAACAACCCCAAGUAGAAAAACUGCCCCAGCAGAUGCAAUACUAUUUCUUUUUAGUUUAAAUGAGACUUAUUUUAUGACUUAUUUUUAAAUGAUGCAGCCGUCAUUUGUCGUUUUGUCACAGAAACCUUAAUUCGCACGAGCCAUUUCGCAAAUUAAUAUUUUGGCAACUAAAUAGGGUGCCAUUUUGUGAAUUAAGUAGGAUUUUUUGCAACUAAACGUUUUUAGGUUAACAGAAAAUUAUCCUAGAGAUUCAUAUUGUUUUCUUUUAUAUUUUGAAAUCAUGGAGAAUUUAUGUUGACAUUUUUCAGUCGAUUUGUAUGUAUAUUUAAUGCGCGUUCCUUACCAUUUCUGUAUUCUGCUUUUAUAAAUAGACAAGAUCAAAUGAAACUAAUUAAGUACUUUAUCAACUUUAAUAUAUUUAAAUAAAUAUACAAACUUAGCGCUAAAUCAUAAAUUACUCUACUCCUUUGGUGACGCUUUGGUAUUCAGAUCUCACUCAAGAAGUCAUAAUGACCGCUGUUUCUAAAAAAAUGAAGACAAUUAUAAUAAAAUUUUCUUAGUAAUAAAA